GGCAGUAUUGAAUGGUUGGGUUGGAUUGAAUUUACACUUCAACCAUAGUUUAAAGCUCAGGUCCUGCAGGAGGACAUAAAGUAGUAUGAAUAUGUAUGUACUGCUGGUUGUCUACUUUCAACCCUUUCCUUUCACUGCUAUUAAGACAGGUUGGCCAAGUGCAGAAGACGUCUGCUCCAAUUUUCAAAUUAACACUGGAUUUUGACAUCAAUUACGUGACGAAUACCAAACUAGUGAUACUUCGUUCAGAAUAUAACGAAAUUUCAUUGUCAAUCACAGUCGAGUGAUUGGAAUGUUUGUAUGGGUAGCAACCAGGUAGUAGCCGGUCCUUUUACGUGCCGCUGCCCAGUGCCGUGCCCGUAGUACGCGCAGCUGAUCGCUUGUGCUGCUUGGAAAGUGUAGGCAGUGAUGUUUGUGAAUGAAUGAAUGAGAUUGUGAGAUGUCAUCUUUCGCGUGUACGGUUUAAAUCUGUCCUGCCUUUAUUUUAAAAGCAGCAUCAGUUAUGCCAGCCGUCAAUUAAAUUUUCACAUUUGAAAAAUUUUGGGUUGUUGCAAAGUUCUUCACAUAACCUUCCUUAACCAGGAAAUGAUCUCUGAGUUCAACUGUAAACAUGGAAAACCUAGCCACCAUGUUCUUGAGUACGCUCACUCCAAAGUUUUACGUGGCUCUAACUGGAACAUCGUCGCUUAUUUCAGGGAUGAUUUUGAUUUUUGAGUGGUGGUAUUUUAGGAAGUAUGGAGCAUCAUUUAUUGAACAAGUAUCAUUAAAUCAUAUAAGUCCAUGGAUAAGUGGUUCAGACAAUGGGAGCGAGAGUAAUGGUAACAACAGUAACAGUAGCAACAGCAGCAAUAGUAUUGCUAGUGGAACAAGUAAUGGCACUACCAGUAAUAGUAGUAAUGGUAGUGGCUCGAGUAGUAGCUCUAAUGGGAACCAACAAUCAGUGCCAGAGUGCAAAGUGUGGAGGAAUCCUUUAAAUUUAUUUAGAGGGUCUGAAUAUCAAAGAUUCUAUUGGGCUGCCAACAAGGAACCUCUUACAUAUUAUGAUAUGAAUCUUUCAGCCCAAGAUCAUCAAACAUUUUUUACCUGUGAAGGAGAUGUUGGUAAAAAAGAGUAUGAAUUGAUGCAGACAGCUUGGCGGGAGCGUAACCCAUCUGCCCGCAUUAAAGCAGCUCAUGAAGCUCUUGAAUUAAAUCCUGAAUGUACACCAGCUCUCAUUCUACUUGCUGAUGAAGAGGCAACUACAAUUCUUGAAGCAGAGAAAAUUUUACGCUCAGCACUUAAAACAGCAGAAAGUAAUUACCGUAAAAGCCAACAGAAUCAACACCAAGGUCCAGCCAUGGAAUGCAUCCACAGACGAGACACCAAUGUCCUAAUUUAUGUUAAAAGAAGAUUGGCCAUGUGUGCCCGAAAGCUUGGUCGGAAUAAGGAAGCUGUCAAAAUGUUCCGAGAUCUCACCAAAGAGGUGCCUCCUAUCAUGCACGUGUUAAACGUUCAUGAAAACUUAAUUGAAGCCCUCCUAGAAAUGCAGGCAUAUGCUGAUGUCCAAGCAGUCCUAGCAAAAUAUGAUGACAUAAGUCUACCAAAAUCAGCUACUAUUUGUUACACAGCAGCGCUCUUGAAAGCAAGAUUAGUUGCUGAUAAAUUUUCUCCUGAUGUUGCCAGCAAGAGAGGCCUAACAGCUGCUGAAAUGACGGCUGUUGAAGCUAUCCACAGAGCUGUAGAAUUUAAUCCUCAUGUACCAAAGUACUUACUUGAAAUGAAACCUCUGAUACUGCCUCCUGAACACAUUCUGAAAAGGGGUGACUCUGAGGCAUUGUCUUAUGCAUUCUUCCAUAUUGGACACUGGAAAGCAGUGGAUGGAGCUCUCAACCUACUACACUGCACUUGGGAAGGAACUUUCCGUAUGCUACCAUAUCCCCUUGAAAGAGGGCAUCUCUUUUACCCUUAUCCUACAUGUACAGAAUGUGCAGACCGGGAGCUGCUUCCAGCUUUUCAUGAUGUGAGUGUGUAUCCCAAGAAAGAGUUGCCUUUUUUUAUUCUCUUCACUGCUGGCCUCUGCUCAUUCACUGCAGUUCUUGCUCUUUUAACCCAUCAGUACCCAGACAAUAUGGGUACCAUCGCUAGAACGGUUCUAAGCUGGCUGAUGUUACCAUUCAGCUUCAUCAUGGAACGCCUCGAGGGCACAUUACCCAGUAACCUGUUACAGUCUCUCUCUCGGGUAUAAUACAUUUUCUAAGUAGAAUUUGUAUCUUUCUGUCUGAGUCAUGGUUCUGAAAGCAACUAAAGUGGUAUUCUGAUUGAAGGAAAAUAUUUAGAUUGUAAACGUUUUCUUUGCUGUGAAUUGAUUUUUGUAAUGCUUUAUUAAGAAAGCUCUGUACUUUCCUUCUUUUUGAGGGUUGCAGUUGUUAAUGAAAUUUAUGUGACUUGCCAAUUCUUGUGCAUUAUUGUCAGAUGUCCUUUUAAAAGCUUCUUUGGUAUUUUGGAAUGAAGAGUUUCCCAAUUUCCCCAUCUAUUUUGCUAUUGUACUUGGUUAUCUGCAAGAACAUGACUAACAAUGUACAGAAAUGUAUUUUUUGAAGCUAAUAUUCUGUUUAUUGAUAAUAGUUUGUGGGGCUCAGGCAACGGUAGAGUAACUUUUUGUGGCAAAUCACAAGAGCAAUUUUUAGACACUUUGAGUUAUUUUGUUGUGAGUGCUGUCAGAAAAUUCAAAACUGCCAGUAUGCAAAGUUUAAUUUUAGUUAAACUUAAAUGAGAAUGCUUUCAAUUUCUAUUUAUGACUUUAGUCUCCCUUGAAAGGAAGGCUCUCUCAAAUAACAUUUCUUUUCAGUAAUAGUCUAUUACUGUACUUUGAAUCUCUUCCUUUGACAACACUGAUAUGAGGAAUCCAUAAAAAUGUCAAUUACUUUGACAAUUUACUGACUUGUUGUUUACACAACAACAGAAAAGUUGGGUGUGCACAAUUUCUGUGAUAAUAAAGUAAGUUAUUUCUCCUGUACACAA